GCAUGGGAUUUUCCAGCUACUAAGUGGCUGGGCCGAUGGACCGGAAUAUGCGACUCAAUGUCCGAUCCUGACCGGACAAAGCUACACCUACAGGUUCACCAUCACCGGACAGGAAGGGACUCUCUGGUGGCAUGCACACGUACAAUGGCUUAGAGCAACAGUUUAUGGGGCACUCAUUAUCCGGCCAAGAGUUGGCCGUUCUUAUCCAUUCCCAAAACCCUACAGCGAGGUCCCAAUUGUUCUAGGAGAGUGGUGGAACGCUAACGUUAUUGAUGUGGAAAACCAAGCGUUAGCCAGCGGUGGUGCUCCUAACAUCUCCAAUGCUUUCACCAUUAAUGGCCGGCCGGGAGAUCUCUACCCGUGUUCUUCAUCUCGCCUGGCAGCAUGUGGAGCAAAUGCCACUUGUGCAGGCCCAUUUGGGCAAAGAUUGGCUGCGAGCAUGAACAAUGCAUCUUUCCAGUUCCCCACCAAGUUGUCAAUGUUACAAGCUUUUUUCAAUAACGUUGAUGGAAUCUACACCACUGAUUUCCCUAACCAACCACCAUUGGUAUUUGACUACACUAAUGCAAAUAACAGCUUCAAUCAGUCCCUUGUGAUGACAACAAAGUCAACCAAAGUGAAGAAAGUCAAGUUCAAUUCAACGGUUGAGAUGGUGAUGCAGAACACAGCUUUGAUUGGUGUAGAAAACCACCCUAUACACUUGCAUGGAUUCAACUUCCAUGUGUUGGCUCAAGGAUUUGGCAACUUUGAUACCGUCAACGAUCGGAAAAAGUUUAAUCUUGUCAAUCCACAACAACGCAACACUAUCGCUGUCCCGGUUGGAGGGUGGGCAGUUGUUAGAUUUCAGGCUAACAAUCCAGGUGUUUGGCUUAUGCACUGUCACUUGGACGUGCACUUGCCAUGGGGACUCGCCACCGCCUUCGUUGUGGAGAAUGGGGGAACACCGUCGUCUACCCUACCUCCGCCUCCCCCAGAUCUACCCCAUUGCUAGAAGAAGUAGUCCUCCCUCCAUCAAUAAUUAUUUCAAAUUAUCAUUUUAUUUUCAUUUUCGUGUUCGUUACGGUUUAUUUG